CAGUAAUUUGUUGUCAACACAGGAUGUCAGACUUAUCCUUCGCUUUGCCAAUUUUUUAUCAGGAAAAAUUUUUACUGUUCUAACAAAAUUAAAUUAUUCUACAAUGAAGGAAAAUGGGAACCAUGCGUAAAAAGACCCAGGUUUCGUUUGUGAUCCGCGACGAAGAGGAAAGAAGACAUAAAAACGGUGUUAGUUCACUCCAAUUGGAUCCUAUACAAAAUAGACUGUACUCGGCCGGUCGCGAUGGAAUCAUACGCGUGUGGCAGGCGGGAUCGGGCUCCCAGGACAGAUACGUGCAGAGCAUGGAGCACCACACAGACUGGGUGAACGAUAUAGUGCUAUGUUGCGGUGGUAAAAAUUUGAUAAGUGCUUCGUCCGACACUACCGUCAAAGUAUGGAACGCACCCAAAGGUUUUUGUAUGUCAACACUGCGAACCCACAAGGACUACGUGAGAACCCUGGCGUACGCGAAAGACAAGGAGCAGGUGGCGAGCGCCGGCUUAGAUCGGGCAAUAUUCCUCUGGGAUGUGAAUACUUUAACAGCAUUAACAGCUAGCAAUAACACCGUCACCACCUCUAGUCUAGUAGGCAAUAAAGAAUCCAUUUACAGUUUGGCAAUGAACCCACCGGGUACCAUCCUUGUUAGUGGUUCAACAGAAAAAGUAUUGAGAGUGUGGGAUCCACGGAACUGUUCUCGCUUAAUGAAAUUAAAAGGACACGCGGAUAACGUAAAAGCAUUAGUCGUAAGCAGAGAUGGAUCACAAUGUGUAUCUGGCAGCUCAGACGGGACAAUCAAACUGUGGUCGUUGUCUCAGCAGAGAUGUGUCUCUACUAUAAGGGUCCACUCGGAAGCUGUAUGGGCAUUACUAGCAACAGAUAACUUCACUCAUAUUAUAUCAGGUGGUAGGGACCGACUAGUCAUAAUAACUGAGUUGCGUAAUCCAGAUAACUUUAUGAUUGUGUGUGAGGAAACAGCUCCAAUUCUAAAACUGUGUUUCACUGCCGACCAGCAGGGGGUUUGGGUGUCAACAUCCGAAUCCGAUAUACGUUGCUGGAAACUCCCCCCACUUAACUCCUUGAAUUCCGAAAUGUAUAAUCAGAAUAGUUAUAAUACUAACAAUGUAUAUCAAACGCAGCCCCUCCACCAUAUACCUGGUGGUCGAGCAAUAAAACACUAUGCAGUAUUAAAUGACAAAAGGCACAUAAUUACAAAAGACACAGCUAACCACGUAGCCGUAUAUGAUGUAUUGAAGGCAAGCAAAAUUGAGGACCUCGGUGAAGUCGAUUUUGAUGAGGAGUUGAAAAAGCGCUUUAAAAUGGUCCAUGUUCCUAACUGGUUUAAUGUAGACUUGAAGACUGGCAUGCUGACUAUACACCUGGGUCAAGAGGAGACAGAUUGUUUCAGUGCCUGGGUCAGUGCCAAGGAAGCUGGGUUGACUACAGAGAACGAUCAAAAAGUUAACUUUGGUGCGUUGUUGUUACAAGCACUUUUAGAACACUGGAAUCAUCCAAAUAGGGUUAGUGACUCGGGACAGAAAGUCACUGGAAAUAAUUUCUUCAGUGUCCCACUUCAUACACCUUUGAUUUUCAGUGAAGUUGGUGGCAGAACAUUGUACAGGUUGCAGGUUGGUGAUGCAGGUGGAGAGACAGAGGGAAAUCUACUUAUGGAGACAGUCCCCUCGUGGGUUGUGGAUGUCGCUAUUGAGAUGGCUGCCCCCAAGCUGAACAAGCUACCUUUCUACUUACUACCACAUUCCAGUUGCCAGAGCAAACAAGAUAGACAGAAAAAGGAUCGACUAGUUGCAAAUGACUUUAUCCAGUGUCGUAAAGUAGCAGAGCAUGUGGUGGAGAAGAUUGUGGGAGGUGGGGAUGUGAACGGGGCGACAGCGAGCAAGGCCAGUACCGAGGACAGCACCACCGAUCCGCCUGAAGAAAAAGUAGAGCUGCUGUGUUGUGAUCGGGUGCUAGACCCGAACAUGGACCUUCGUACAGUAAGACACUUCAUAUGGAAGUCCAACGUAGAAUUCACAUUACAUUAUAGAGUGCUGAAACAAUGAAAAUCAAAUUUAUACCUCCAGAAGGUGAAUAUACAUUUGAAAAAGUGUUGUUCCUUGAAGAAUAUAUUCGAGUGAAUAAACUGAACAGUGAACAAGA